UCGUUGGCAGAUUGACGAACAAGACAUCUUGGCGGGCCCACGAAUAACGAAGAUGCAAAGUUAUACAAAGCAAACCCCUCUGGGAGGCUCUGCCCACCAGAGUCCUGGCUCGGUCCAAAUGAGGAUUAAGAAUUCCACCAGCACUGGGGAACGGCUCAGCCAGACCAAGUCCAUGGUCAUACCGGAACCAGGACAGCCCCAGAAACCCAUAUCUCGCCAUCGGAGGAAUCAGUCUCAACAUAACCUAGGUGACAUUGGAGCAGCAGAACAUCCUAGUGUGCUGAAAGGUGAAUAUCUGAACAAAGCAAAGAUAGCAGAUGGAGGCAAGAAAUUGAGAAAAAACUGGACCUCCACAUGGGUUGUCCUUGAGGUCAACCAGCUGUUAUUUUACAAAGAAAGCAAGCAAGAAGCCUUAUCUAAUUUGAAGCCAGGAUGCAAGCCAGAGGGUGUCGAUCUCUGUGGGGCUCAUGUCGAAUGGACGACGGACAAGUCAAGCCGGAAGAAUGUCAUUCAGAUAACAACCAGCUCUGGCAAUGAGUUCUUGCUCCAGGCUGACAAUUCACUAACAAUAUCUAAAUGGCAUGAUGCUAUUAAAAACACAGCUGACAGCCUGUCCAAAGGAAAAGGAGGGACAUAUCCAGGAAAACCUGGGCUUCGAAAGUCAAACAGCACGGAAUUUCUUUCCAGACGAGAAUCCGAAGCACCUGUCACCAAAGAAUCCAAACCUGAGCACAGACGGUCAAUCAUUUUCAAGUUGAACUACAGCGCCUCGGACAGCGCUGACAAAAAUGGGGUGAAGAACCGGCUAAAGAAGUUCAUCUCCAGGAGGCCUUCAAUGAAAACACUGCAGGAAAAAGGACUCAUCAAAGAUCGUGUCUUCGGCUGUCACUUGCUAACACUUUGUGAACGAGAAGGAACCACGGUCCCCAAUUUCGUCAAGAUGUGUGUGGAGGCAGUUGAAAAACGAGGUCUGGAGGCUGAUGGAAUAUACAGAGUAAGUGGCAAUCUUGCCACUAUCCAGAAGUUACGGUUCUUAGUCGACCAAGAAGACGAGCUGGAUUUGGACGACAGCCAGUGGGAGGACGUCCACGUCGUCACCGGCGCGCUCAAGAUGUUUUUCCGGGAGCUGCCGGAGCCGCUGUUCCCAUUCCGCUUCUUCGAGCCCUUCGUGGAGGCGAUAAAAACAAAGGAUUACAAGCAAAAGGUGCAGGCUGUGAAGAAGCUGGUGAAGCAACUCCCGAAGCCGAAUCAUGACACGAUGAAGCUCCUCUUCAGACACCUGCAGAGGAUCCUCACCAAGUCGUCGAAAAACCUCAUGUCCACGCAGGGCAUCGGCAUUGUGUUUGGCCCAACACUCCUGUGGCCAGAACUGGAUUCUGGAAACAUGGCUUUCAACAUGGUGUACCAGAACCAGAUAGUAGAAUUCAUACUUAUUGAAUGCGCCGAGAUCUUUGGCCCCGAAGGAAAAUAAUUUUAAAUAUAUAUAUAUAUACAAAAAUAAGAU